AUGGCUGCGUCCAUGAUGAACCAGCAGUCGGUCUACCCCAAGAGCUAUGUCGGCUUCGACAGCAUCACGUCGCAGAUCGAGAAGAAGCUGGUGAAGCGGGGGUUCCAGUUCAACAUCAUCUGCGUCGGCCAGACAGGUCUCGGCAAAUCGACCCUCAUCAACACCAUCUUCGCCUCGCACCUCAUGGACAGCAAGGGCCGCCUGACUCCCGACGAGCCUAUCCGCAGCACUACCGAAAUCCAGGCUGUCUCGCACAUCAUCGAGGAAAACGGCGUGCGUCUUCGCCUCAACAUCGUCGACACCCCCGGCUACGGCGACCUGAUCAACAACGAGCGCUGCUGGGACCCCAUCGUCAAGUACAUCAAGGACCAGCACAGUGCCUACCUCCGCAAGGAGCUGACGGCCCAGCGAGAACGAUACCUCCAGGACACGCGCAUCCACUGCUGCUUGUUCUUCAUCCAGCCCUCCGGCCACGCCCUUAAGCCGAUUGAUAUCGUAGUGCUCAAGAAGCUGAGCGAGUUUGUCAAUGUGGUGCCGGUUAUUGCCAAGAGCGACAGCCUGACGUUGGAGGAGCGCGCCGCGUUUAAGGAGAGGAUAAAGGAGGAGUUCCAGUUCCACAACUUGAGGAUGUACCCGUACGACAAUGAGGAGCAUGACCAGGAGGAGAUCGCCAUGAACACUUCCAUCAAGGGCAUCCUCCCCUUCGCGGUCGUUGGCUCUGAGAAGACCAUCGUCGUCAAUGGGAAGCAGGUCCGUGGCCGCCAGAACCGAUGGGGUGUCAUCAACGUUGAGGAUGAGAACCACUGCGAAUUCGUGUACCUCCGUAACUUCCUCACCCGCACCCAUCUCCAAGAUCUCAUCGAGACCACCUCGCAGAUCCACUACGAGUCUUUCCGCGCUAAGCAGCUGCUUGCACUUAAGGAGAGCUCCGCCGUUGGCGGCCACAGCUCUCGACCCAUCUCGCCUGCCGCCGACCGGGAGCUUAGCCGGAACAGCCAGAGGAUGACUAUGAAUGGGUAUUAG